AUGGAAAGAGGAAAAGGACGAACGACACUCCUACGGUUAGGCCUCGACUUUGUUCUGGUGGCCCUAACUGUCUUGUUGAGCGCCUUCAUUCUGGGCUCGCCAGCCACCGGAUACAGAUGCGAUGUGUUCCUCAAUGGGCGCAACGUAUUCCUCUCUGGCGCUAGCUAUGACCAGGUGGACGCAACAGCGGGCCGGGUGGUCUCCCUGUUCGGCGCGCUGGUGCCCCGCAAGUGUCGGGCCGCCGCGCUCCAGCUCGUGUGCCAGAGCUACUUCCCCGCCUGCCAAAUCACCGCCACCGGUCUCUCAGUGCUGACGGUGGUGGUGGCCGGCACAGUGAUCACGCCGUGCCGGUCAGUGUGCGAGGCGGUACUGCUCGAGUGCCUGCCGCUCCUGGCCAGCGUCAACGCCACGUCGCUCGCGCCCGACUGCGACCUCACCCAGUCGGUCGGCGGCGUGCUCUACCCAGUCUAUCCGCCCGACGGAGUCGUCCCCUGCUUUCCCUAUUCCUCUGCCACAGAGGUGGCGUAUUCACAGGUGGACUGUCCCUAUCCAACCAACUACGACAGCGACAGGUUCAACCCCGAGAAACCACAGGACGCAUGCGUGUACCAGUGCCCGGUCUACGCCUUUGGCGGCGAGGAGGAGUACAAUGCCGUAGUGGCGGCCAUGUACACCACUACCGUGCCUUCGAUGCUCUGCGGCUUCGUGAUGACCCUCACCUGGCUCCUCAACCCUGCCAAGCGGCGGUACCCGGCGAUCCUCAUCAUGUGGCUGUCGAUAUCAGCCUUCGCCGUGGCCUUCUUCGCCAAUCUCAGCGUGCUGAUGGGCGGUCCGAGGCGCACGACGUGCACGAAGGACGAAGCCCCGACUGCUGUAACCAUGGACAACGCGAGCGAGAACAACGGGCAGGGCGUGGUGUGCAUCAUGCAGGCCAUCGGCACCUACUACUUCGGUCUCACCUGCAACUUCUGGUGGCUCGCCAUCAACAUCAACAUCUUCCUGAUGCUGUGCUUCAGCAAGCACGAGUGGGUGCGUCGCUGGAGCCGCUACAUCCACUACGGGUUCCACGUGUUCUGCUGGGGCGUGCCGUUGGCGGGCCUCAUCACCAUGCUCUCCAUGAAGAAGCUCGGCGCCGACGGCAUCAACCCCUUCUGCCAGGUGCGCUACCAGGACAAAGACGAGAGCUGGGUCGACUGGGUCUUCUACACCUCGCCCAUCAUGUUCUGCCUGUUCGUCGGCACCAUCCUGAUGAUUAUCAGUGUCACGCGCUUCACCAUCGUACGCCAGGCUGCCUUUGCUCUUCUUCAGCCCACAUCGCUCAAGUUGCAGUUUAUGUUCUACGUGGCCUACCGCAUCUACGUAGAAGACAUGUACAACACUGUAACGAAUUCGCUCGUCUACUGCAGCUUCUUGACAGGCAGCGAAUGUGACUACGAUCCCGUGCUCAACUACCCGUUCUAUCUGGUGACCCUCAUGGCGAGCUUGUCCACGGGCGUGUGCAUCUUCCUUACCAUGUGCACCACCAGGAGCACGCUGGUGCUGUGGUGGCGCCUGCUCAAGGGCCUCCGCCAUCCGCGAUCGUUCAUCGCUCACACCCGCCUCAUCGUGAGCUCUCACGGCUCCUCUUCGUCAUCCUCCACAAUGGACAGCCCGUCGGCCGGCACGGAGAUGAGCGCGACCCCGCCCUCGUCACUCCAGUCUGCCGGUGGGCUCUAG